AUGGCGUUGAUAUCCCGAUACUUGCCCUUUGCACCAUCCGCAACCACAGCGCAAGCCGUCACGUACCUUCUUGGCAUCUCACUCUUUUCCAUAUCGUUUCUCGUCUUUCUCAACAGCUCCGUGUCGUUUGUCAUUACCGAUCUCAUAGGCCAGAAGAAGAACGUCGGCGAUGUCGUGGGCACCUUGGGUUUCGCCGACGAGAUUGUUGCCCUGGUGGCAUGCCCGGCAUGGGGACUGAUAUCAGACCGCCUUGGAGUCCGAUGGGUCGCUGUCAUGGGGUACGCAGUUAUCGCGCUCGCACUGGUGUUGUUUGUCCAGGCGAAGAAUGUCUACCCGCAACUACUGCUUGCGCGGAUUUUCUUUGCGGUAGGAGCCUCGGCGGCGGCGACCAUGGUUACGGCUAUUUUGCCGUCACUGACGGAUGAGGGAGAUUUGAGCGAUGGUAGGAGUCCAUCGAGGUACAAGCCCAACCAGCGAUUGAGCGUUGCAUUUUCUGUGGAGUCGGAGGCUACCAUUACCCCGGAACGUUAUACUCGAUCAUUAUCCAACGACUCGCGAGAUUCUCGUCAACAACAGGAUGCUGUGGCCAAGUCUGCGAAGCCGUCUGCUCUGGCCGGCCUCGUUGGCUUAUUUACAGGAUGUGGUGCGCUUGUAGCGCUGUCCUUGUUUCUGCCGCUACCCGCGAGGUUUGGAGAUAUUGACGGCGUCACGCCUGGUCAGGCAGUAUCAUAUAGUUUUUACGUGGUUGGUGCGGUGUCGUUGGUCGUUGCUUUGUUUGUUUUUAUAGGUUUGCGGAAUUUAAAGGGCGAGGAGGGCAAAGGAUGGACGGUAUUAUUCGGUAUUUCGGAGCGAGAUGCUUAUGCAAGAUUGGGGGAGAAUGGCGAGGAUAGAACACAGCGACAGAAAACGAUUCCGUAUCUACAUUUGAUGAAGGAUUCGGUGCUAUUGGGAUUUGCGGACUCCAGAAUUGCGCUCGGGUACAUUGGUGGAUUUGUUGCCAGGGCGUCGACGGUAGCUAUCUCACUCUUCAUCCCGCUGUACAUCAACACCUUCUUCAUCAGCAAUGGCUUCUGCCAAGGCUCGCCCAACGACCCAUCACCGGAGCUGAAGAAGGAGUGUCGUGCAGCUUACGUACUGUCAUCAAUUCUUACCGGAGUGGCACAGCUAAUGGGACUGGUGUGUGCGCCAGUGUUUGGAUAUCUGUCUGGGCGAGCCGGUCGAGUAAACUAUCCAGUUGUUGUGGCCACAGUAUUCGGCAUGAUUGGAUAUCUGAUGCUACCGCAGCUGCCGAGUCCAGAGUUCAAGGAUGUAGACGAUAGAGGGGGAACACCUUUCAUCUUCCUAGUGGUGGCACUUAUUGGAGUCAGCCAGAUCGGAGCCAUAGUGUGCAGCUUGGGCUCUCUAGGCCAAGGCGUGAUUGCAGUCGAGCUGCCCCGGUCAGUACGACGCGAGCCGUCAAUUGCACCAGGCGAAGACGAAUCGGCAGAAUCAGAGCCACUGAUGCGCAGGUCGACCAACGAGGACUCUGCUUCACGGGUGAGACUGAAGGGAUCUAUUGCAGGCGUGUACUCACUGUGCGGCGGGGCGGCGAUUCUGCUUUUAACAAAGCUCGGAGGCGUGUUGUUCGACUCGGUGUCGAGGGGAGCGCCGUUUUACAUGAUGGCUAUAUUCAACGGGGCCUUAUUGGUGGCUAGCUUGUGUAUGGACGCCUCGCAGGCGUUUGCGACGGCAAACCAGGGACGGGGACAUUAG